AUGAGUGACGAAACUUUAAUUAAAAAUCUGCAACAACAACUGCAACGAUUAUUCGACCAACUUGGCGAUUUGGAGGAAUCAAGAUCGGUGAUGGCUAUUGAAGAAUAUGAAGCUAUGAAGGCAGACACCUUUGAACAAUUAAAGGAACUUGGCCAAUCACUGGAAAAGUUCAAGAGUGGAGAUAACACUUCACUCGAUCAAAUUGCAGCAACAAAAUUGGCGAUUCGAUCAGCGAUAAGUCAAGCAUUCCAAACGCCCGAAAUCAUUUCCCUAUUUGCAAAAAGAGAUCCAACAAGUUUACGACAAAAAUUGACUCAGCUAGAAAAUGACCAAAAGAGACGCCAAGAGGACACGACGAUUCAACGACAAAAAGGUGAAAUAAUCCUUGCAUUGAAAGCACUCAACGAGACAAUCACGGAAAAGGAAAGCGAAUUUCUGAAAAACUUUGAAUCAAAUCGACAAAUA